CAUAGUUGACCCUAACCCUGACAUCUCUGUUGCUCUUGCCAUGGACCUGACCAAUGAUGAAGCUUGCUAGCGAGUGCUCACCAGCACCAUCACUUGACUUGGCAACCAGCUCGUUACGUAAGACACGCCAAGCCUUUUCUCAAGCCUCGAAAUCAUACCACGACCCGUAACCCACCCGUCCAGGCCGUCAAGGGGUCCGUGCACCGGAAACCUCAAAGCUUGUGCUGUUGCUGCAUCAUCGAAAGCCGAAAGCUCUCAAUUCCCCGAAACACCUUCGCACCUGACGCCAUAGCUACCUCCCGUUCGCCGGAACCCCACCACCGACCUCGACAACAAACCCCCCCGUUGACCCGUUCGUCGAAACCCGCGUCCAGCCCGACUUAAUCACAAUCACAAUGGCCUCCUUCAUUGCCCGCCGUGCUUUCUCCACCACCGUCCGUCGCAUGACGACUGGCGAGGAGGCUCUCAAGACCGAGUCCAAGAAGAACCCCGAGAUUCUGGUCCUCGGUGGUGUCAUGGUUGCCGCCUUCCUUGGUGCCGGUUACUACUUCGGCCGCAACCCUACCACCUCUACCGCCGAGACUGCCGUUCCCCAGACCAAGGACUCCAUGCCCUGGGAGUCCGGCUCGGGCGCUGGCAAGUACCAGUACUACCCCGGCGGCGACCCCUCCGCUGCCCCCAAGGACGCCCCCAGCGCCGUCAACGUUGUCGUUAUCCCCGCCGUCACCCUCCCCAAGUCUCUCCACGAGAAGUACAACAAGUGGGGCAAGGAGGGCUACUAAAUUAUCAUCUCUCUGUUAUCGUCAUCAUGGGAGAGAGAUUGCUGCGGAAGCGGCAUGAGUGGAACGGCUUGUCUCUGAAAAUGAGCCCAAGUCAUAUAUCACGACACUUGUAGAUACACCUAGAUUCCAAUGAACAGUUCUCUUGGGCGGUUUUGGUUGAUCAUGAGAGAAAGACUAGUCUAUAAUAUCACCCUCGACCCCAU